AGCGGUGCUCGUCGCGGGGCCGGGAGCGGUGCGCGAUGCCGGGCUACGACUACAAACUGCUGGAGCGACCGCGGCGGAGAGUGCUGUGCCCGCUGUGCGGGAAGCCCAUGCGGGAACCCGUGCGGGUCUCCACCUGCGGACACCGCUUCUGUGACACCUGCCUGCAGGAGUUCCUCAGCGAAGGCGUCUUUAAGUGCCCCGAGGAUCAGCUGCCCCUGGACUACGCCAAGAUCUACCCCGACCCUGAGCUGGAAGCCCAAGUGCUGAGCUUGGCCAUCCGCUGCAUCCACAGCGAGGAGGGCUGUCGUUGGAGCGGGCUGAUCCGACACCUGCAGGUAGGGUAGC